GUUAAGGAACCAAACAUGUCGUAUCUCGGGCAACACGGUCAGGCAAACUGUCCCUGCCCGAAAACUCAAGACUCCAAAUUCCCUCUUCACCACCCAAAGCACAUCUACCUACGUCCCCUAAACCAAAUUAUCCAAACCAAAACCAUGUCAAGCUUCACACACGCCACUACACUCCUCCAUGCCCACAUCAAAACCAAGCACAAGAAACCCUCCAACACGACCAACCCUUUACCCUUCUCUGCAGACCAAAGCAAUGUUGUAAGCAUGAGCAGCAGAAGGAAGCUGAUGUCAACGUUUCUGGGCACUUCAGCAGCGGUGCUGGUGGGAGUGCAUGGGAACAGUGCACUGGCACAGAGCUGGGGCACUCACUCCUUCAUCAGGGAGCAUUUCUUUGAGCCAGGCCUCUCCCCUGAAGACGCUGUGGCCAGGAUAAAGCAAACUGCUGAGGGGCUUCACAGCAUUAGGGAGAUGUUGGAGACCAUGUCUUGGAGGUACAUCAUGUUCUACAUACGUAUAAAGCAGGCCUAUCUUGACCAGGAUUUGAGAACUGCUUUCACCACUCUGCCUGAGAAUCGACGCAAGGAGUAUGUCAAAACUGCUAAUGAGUUGGUCUCCAACUUUGGAGAGUUUGAUCGGCAUAUUCGGACCCCGAAGGUGUACGAAUCGUACCUGUACUACGAGAAGACAUUGAAGUCUAUAGAUCAAAUUGUGGCCAUACUAGCAUAGCACAAGGAUGAAGCUGCAGGGUAUAACUGUCUUUGGGAUUCUAAUUUUUGUGGUAUAAAACGUCCUGUCACUUUUUUCUUUCUUCUUUUUAAUUCUGAAUUGAACAUAGAAUGUAUUAGAGCACCAAGUUCAAGCAUAUUAUGUAAAUGUCUGUCAUUGCUCAUUAGAAUGUGCAACAUGUUUGUCAGGAA